AUGAACGUUUCCAAAAUACUGGCGUCGCCCACAAUCACAUCAAAUGUUUUGCGCAUACUAGCUCCCAGGUUGCCUCAGAUUGGCGCCUCUUUGCUAGUUCAAAGAGGGUGGAUUUUAAGAUCGAGACAAUCCCAUCGUUUCUACUCGGAAAAGGCCAACGACGAACCACCUUCGAAAAAAGGGGGUGAAAGCACCAGGAAGGCGUCUGGCAAAGCUACGGCAUCUUCAAACGACAAUGCUGCACCACCACCGCCAUCCAACACUAAUGAUAAAAUUAAACAGCCGAAUGUAGCUGUAUCGCAUGCUAUGCUAGCCACAAGGGAGCAGGAGGCCAACAAAGAUUUAACGAGCCCUGAUGCACAAGCGGCUUUUUAUAAGCUUCUUCUACAAUCAAACUAUCCCCAAUAUGUGGUAUCCAGAUUUGAGACCCCUGGUAUUGCUUCAUCGCCCGAGUGUAUGGAAUUGUACAUGGAGGCAUUGCAAAGAAUAGGCAGACACUCGGAAGCGGAUGCUGUUAGGCAGAACCUAUUGACAGCCAGUUCUGCUGGUGCAGUCAAUCCAUCUUUGGCGUCAUCUUCGUCGAACCAGUCGGGUUAUCAUGGAAACUUCCCAUCUAUGUACUCUCCAUUUUACGGGUCUCGCAAAGAACCGCUGCAUGUUGUCGUUUCAGAGUCAACCUUUACUGUUGUGUCAAGAUGGGUUAAAUGGCUACUUGUGUUUGGUGUAUUGACCUAUUCUUUCUCAGAAGGUUUCAAAUAUAUCACAGAAAACACAACAUUACUCAAAUCAUCAGAAGUAGCAGAUAAAUCGGUCGAUGUUGCUAAAACGAAUGUCAAGUUUGAUGAUGUAUGCGGUUGUGAUGAAGCUCGUGCAGAGUUAGAGGAGAUAGUUGACUUCUUAAAGGAUCCUACCAAGUAUGAAUCUUUGGGUGGUAAACUACCUAAAGGUGUAUUAUUGACUGGUCCUCCCGGUACGGGUAAAACCUUAUUGGCCAGAGCUACAGCCGGGGAGGCUGGUGUAGACUUUUUUUUCAUGUCCGGUUCUGAGUUCGAUGAAGUUUACGUUGGUGUUGGUGCUAAACGUAUCCGUGAUUUGUUUGCUCAAGCACGUUCUCGCGCCCCUGCUAUCAUUUUUAUAGAUGAACUAGAUGCUAUUGGCGGUAAACGUAAUCCAAAGGACCAAGCGUACGCCAAGCAGACCCUAAAUCAAUUAUUGGUCGAAUUAGACGGUUUCUCGCAAACAAGUGGAAUUAUCAUUAUCGGUGCCACUAAUUUCCCAGAAGCUUUAGACAAAGCGUUAACCAGACCAGGUAGAUUCGAUAAAGUUGUGAAUGUUGAUUUACCCGAUGUUCGUGGUCGCGCUGACAUUUUGAAACACCACAUGAAAAAAAUAACAUUAGCAGAUAAUGUCGAUCCAACAAUUAUUGCUCGUGGUACUCCAGGCUUAUCGGGUGCUGAGCUGGCCAACCUGGUCAAUCAAGCAGCAGUGUAUGCCUGUCAAAAGAACGCAAUAUCUGUCAACAUGUCACAUUUCGAAUGGGCUAAGGACAAAAUUUUGAUGGGUGCCGAAAGGAAAACUAUGGUUUUAACAGAUGCGGCUAGGAAAGCCACCGCUUACCACGAGGCUGGUCAUGCGAUUAUGGCCAAAUACACCAACGGUGCUACCCCUCUAUACAAGGCUACUAUUUUACCCAGGGGCAGAGCAUUAGGUAUUACUUUUCAACUACCAGAAAUGGAUAAGGUUGAUAUUACGAAAAGAGAGUGUCAUGCCCGGUUGGAUGUGUGCAUGGGAGGAAAAAUUGCUGAGGAGUUAAUUUAUGGCAAAGACAACACCACAAGUGGUUGUGGGUCUGAUCUACAGAGCGCAACCGGUACAGCAAGAGCUAUGGUGACGCAGUAUGGUAUGAGUGAUGAUGUGGGCCCUGUAAAUUUGUCAGAGAAUUGGGAAACUUGGUCGAAUAAAAUACGCGAUAUUGCCGACAAUGAGGUGAUUGAGCUUUUGAAAGAUUCAGAGGAAAGGAGUAGAAGAUUACUGACCAAGAAGAAUGUUGAGCUCCACAGACUUGCUCAAGGUCUUAUUGAGUACGAGACACUUGAUGCGCAUGAAAUUGAACAAGUUUGCAAAGGUGAAAAAUUGGAUAAGCUCAAAACAUCUACAAAUACUGUUGUGGAAGGUCCAGACAGUGACGAACGUAAGGAUAUAGGAGGUGACAAACCAAAAAUUCCGACGAUGUUAAAUGCAUGA